CGGACUGAACGUCACAUUCCUGCAUUCCCGUUUUCCUCAGUCUGUCGGAGUUUAGCCACCAGCAGACAGCUAAUCCUCUUCCCCACCGCUCCUUUGGAGAAACGCACCCAUGACACGGCGGAUUUGAUCUGAGGAGGUGAUCCCGGGUUCCCCAGGAGUCAGAGUCUCACUUCGGGUCACUUUCCUUCCUCCCUUCCCCUCCUCCCCUUCCACCCAUCGCAGCGCUGGUUGUCAUGGAGAACUCAUCAGUGGCAUCUGCAUCAUCUGAGGCUGGGAGCACGCGCUCACAGGAGAUAGAAGAGCUGGAGCGCUUCAUCGACAGCUAUGUGCUGGAGUACCAGGUGCAGGGGCUUCUGGGAGACAAGGCAGAUGGAGACUUGGACUUGGACAAUGGCGGCAAGGUGCCCCAGUGGACAGAUGACUGUAACAACAAGAAAGAUGGCAGCUGGACGUCUUCACGGGGGAGAGGCUCAUUCAAGCCAGACGAAUGGGAACACAGCAGUAACGGCAGUACAGGUUCCAGGCCCAGCUCAGGGUCUAGACCAGGAUCCGGCUCACGCUCCGGCAGCAGGGGCAGAAACAACCAGUUCAAAGGCCCUGCCAAGAACGGGAACAGAGAUGGCUCCUUUGACAUCCUGGGGACAGAUAUAUGGGCAGCGAACACAAUGGACUCACACGGAGGUGCAGGUUGGGACGUGCAGCCAGAGAAGCUGGACUUCAGCCAUUUCCACAGGAAACACCUAAGAGGAACGCCAAAGCACCUGCCACACAUUGACAGAGAGGGGAUGAACAAAAACAAGUUUGAGGAAGAUGAUGGCAUAGACAUGAAUGACAUAGAGAGGUUCCUACCCCAUCUGCGCUCUGUCUUCCCACCCCUUCCUAACGAGGCUGAAAUCGCACACACCAAAAAGCUCUUCCGACGCAGGAGAAAUGACCGACGAGCGAUUGAUCAGUUCACCCGAGACCAGUUAACCAUACUUCUGCCUACUGGCCCUGAGGGAAAACGACAUGUCUCAGCCAGGAGACAGCAGCGGCCUCAGGGAGGAGGAGGAGGAGGAGGGGGAGGUAAGAACCAACCUCAGCUGAUACAACAACAGUCACCGCAGCACCAGAGGGAUCACACCCAACAGCAGUCUCCAAACCAACAGCAGCAGAAUUUAACAGAACUGGGAGAUAACAGAAACAGUAGUGCUGGUCGGCCGCCUCGUCAGUAUCAAGGAGGACAUGGGCAGCGCCAAGGAGGACCGCCACACCACGGAUACAGCCAGAACCGGCGUUGGCACCACAAUCAAAAAGGUCAGGGGCAUGGACAGACAAACGCUACAGGUGAUAAAGGAGGACCCCCAAGAACAACCAAAGACAGAGAGACUGAGAAUGUAAAACCGGGUGACGAACAGAUCAGACCACCCCAAGACUUCAGCAGUAAGAGUCUCAAUGAAACACCCCAAUCUGAGUCAAAACCCACUACAAAUGCUUUCCCAGAUCUGACAUUUAAUAAGGAAUUGCCCAACCCACCAGGAAGUGGAAAGGCAAACGAGGGCCAGUCGGAGCAGCCCAAAAUCAGCUUGCUGCAGUCGUCAAAGGAGAGGCUGAGGAGGAGACUAAAGGACAAGGAAGAGGCACGCGUGGAGGCGUCGGGCUCCGGAUCACAGAGCAUGGACCGGCUGGUGGACCUUCUCAACAGCAUGAGGAGCAACAGCAGCGGGGUGGAGCAGCAGCUGGCCUCUUUCAUGGAGGAGGCUCAGUGUUCGGCGCGGUCCGAGGAGACCCUGGCUCAGGUGGUCAGCACGAUCUACUCCAAAGCCGUGUCAGACAGGAGCUUCGCCGCCACAGCCGCCAAGCUCUGUGACAAGAUGGCGCUGUUCAUGGUGGAGGGGACCAAGUUUAGAUCGCUGCUCCUCAACAUGCUGCAGAGGGACUUCUCCCGUCGAGAGGAGCUCCAGCAGUCAGAUGUGGAGAGGUGGUUAGGUUUCAUCACCUUCUUGUGUGAGGUGUUUGGUACCAUGAGGAGCAGCUCCGGGGAGCCAUUCAGAGUGCUGGUGUGUCCCAUCUACACCUGCCUACGAGAGCUAUUAGAGUCCACAGAUGUCAAAGAAGAUGCAGUCCUCUGCUGUUCCAUGGAGUUGCAGAGCAUGGGGCGUCUUCUGGAAGAGCAGCUCCCAGAGAUGAUGACGGAGCUUCUCGCAGCCGUCAGGGACAAGAUGCUUUGUCCGGCCGAAUCUCAGCUGACCCGCUCUCUCCUCAUGGAGGUCAUCGAGCUGCAUGCACACCGCUGGAGCCCCCUGGAGGCUCUCACCACCCAAUACUACAACCGUACCAUCCAAAAGCUCACCACCACUGCCUAGGUGCCAGCUCCUCCAGGAGGAGAGGAGACAAGCCCCCCCCCCCCCCCGCGAAACCG